AGAUGAUGGUUUACUUAAAGAAUAAGAUGUGAUUUGGUUCAGAUGUGGUACUGUACAUAGCUGCUUGGGUAACAUAGAUGGUAGUCAUCACUCAAUGUUGUGUUACAAUAGCCAUAGUCUUGUCUGUCAAACAAGUAACAGAACAGAUACAUUAAACUUGAUGAGAUAAUGGCUAUAGGAUUCUAACAGAGAAGAGAAAAAAAGAAAUAUAAGAUGCCACCAUUGUGGUACUUUGGAUUAAUACAAUUAGCUCAUGUGAUUACAGUUAAUUAUGCCACAAUUAAUCCAGACAAGGAUAACUGCAUUAAUUACGAGAGUGACUACCAUGUCGAUAGAGCAUGUGAGUGUAUAGUGUACCAAAGCCUAGGUGGUACAGAAGGAAGAUUUAACUCCCCUAAUUUCCCACAAUUCUACAGUAGAGGAAUAGAAUGUAUCCUGUUUACAUUUAUUGGCGAUGUUGGAGAAUUAGUGGAAAUAAAAUUUACUGAUUUUGAGAUGAUGUACCCUGAUGUAAAUAAAACAUGUAAAGAUUAUUUAAGACUUUUCCUGAAAUUAAACCGUCCUGAAAUAAAUGAAAACAUGCAACACAAUUAUGAAUUAUGUGGAAGUAUGUCAACUUUACAACAAAAAACAUUUUAUUCCAAAGAUAGGAGUUUAAUCAUGGAAUUCCAGACAACACGACCUAUUGGACAACAGCUCACUUUCUUUAAAGGAUUUCGAGGAUUCUUCAGAUUUUUAGAUGCAAGACAGUUUGUAUCUGAUGGAGUCAAACAGUCAGGGACCAUGUGUUCAUGGGAUUUUUCCACAUCUAAACUAUCAGGGAAAUUUUUCUCACCUCUUUACCCACAGAACUAUCCUAGUCACUCAAAAUGUCAGUAUACAUUUUAUGGACAGCCACAUGAAGGAACAGUUUAUAUACAGUUUCAAAAUUUACAAAUAUAUGAUGAAGGAGUUGAUAGUUGUAGUAAAAGUUCAGAUAGAAUAGCAAUUUAUGAUGGUAUGAAUAGUUCUCAGCCUUUAAUCAAAUAUUUGUGUGGUAUAAAGAACCAAGAGGAAGUUAAAUCUACAACGCCAUAUCUUUAUAUAGAAUUCUUGUCAGAUGGCAGGAAUCAGCGUCAAGGAUUUGCAGCAAAUUAUACAUUUCAACAUAAAUCACAUUCCAAUUUACCCUCAUAUAGCAAUCCAGAUUACUCAACAACAACUACAUUCAACUGUAAUCAAUAUAUAGAGAGUAAGACAAAACAUGGUAUAAUUACUAGUCAGAAUCAUCCAGGUUCAUACCCAGCAUCUACACGAUGUACCUAUAUAUUUAAUGGAACAGCCGAAGAAAGAAUACAAAUAAAGUUCACAAGGAUGGAUCUAUUUUUUGAUGGAGGGAACCCUAAUGAACCAUAUGAUUGUGAUGGCCAAGACUCCAUAAAAAUUUAUAUAAAAAUAGACAAUGAUGAAAAAGAAUUAGAUUAUACCUGUGGGAAAAAGAUUCCAAAAAUGGUUAUGUCAAACAUUCCAUGGAUGAAGGUUGUUUUUGAGAGUGGGAGCAGAACACAACACUCUAAUACAGGGUUUGCAUUUGAGUAUAAAUUUUUAACAAAUUAUGGUAUUACAACAGGAGAACAGGAUAACAGAAAAGAGUGUCGGUUUACAUUCAACAGUAACAGGUCACUCAGUGGAUAUUUUACGUCACCAAACUUUCCAGGAUAUUAUCCACGAUUUACAGAAUGUCAUUAUAAAUUCAUUGGGCAAAAUCAUAAAGUUAGAAUAACUUUUGUUGAAUAUCAGUUGGGAUCAAGGUGUGAACCUAAAGAUCGAGUAGACUAUGUAGAUUUCUCCAACUUUGACGGUGGAGCUCAGGACAAGAAAAUGCACAAAUUUUGUGGUCAAAUGACUGAAAAAAUGAGAGAGCCAAUACAAUCAGAUCUGGAAUUUUUCCGAGUAACAUUCAAAUCUAACAGUAUGUAUGAAGGAAAAGGAUUCAAUGCCACAUAUGAGUUUGUUAUAAAUGAAGAAACAACGUUUUCCAUACCUCCAAAGAGUUUGGUAGAUACUGCUAAUACAAUGCAUACAUCAUACAUAGACAACAAAUGUUAUUGUAUAGUAUUUUAUUUAGUAUUAACAUUGACUAUACAAUUUUUGACUGGCUGCACAUUAUGAUAAAAAGUUUAUAUCCUUUCAUCUGUGAUAAAAUAUGAGUUGAUAACGAAUUUGAAAAAAUUAUAGAAGGAAAAGAUGUAAAAAUGAUCUUGGGUUUAAAGAUUACUUCCUACAUACUAGAAUGUUAAAGCUGGUUUGUAUUUGUAAAAACAAAAUUGAGAGAAAAAAUUUAUUGCCUUACUUAAGAUGCAAAUGAAAUUUAAAGUAUUGGUAAAUUGUAAAUUCAGAAAUGCUUGUGUGCACAUAUUAUUGCUAAUUUUGUCAAAUGGACAAAAAUGUGAAAUUUCAGAUAAUGCUGGUAUUAAAUUUAAAUGAUGCAAAUAUUUAUUUUUGCGACCUAUCCUGUUGCAGUUUUCACAAUAAUAACAACAACACAAAAAAAUCUGAAUUUUACAGUAUGAUAAAAAAAUAUUCAAAGUUAACCAAAAUGAUUUAUUUAUUUAUCAGAUCUAAAAUAAAACUUGAUCCCUAAAAUAAUUUGGUCUUUGUAACACUGAGCACUCAGUUGAUAUAUUCUCAACACCCAUAGAAAAGCAACAUCUAUAUUACAAUUCAUUAUACUGAAAAUGCAUACCGUCUUUAAGACUGAUUAAUCAGUCUGAAUAUUACUCAAUCAUGAUAUGUAUGUAGAAAUUAUUUGUUAUUGUUUUUUAUAUUUUCUGAAUGUGUGCUUUUCCAGUCAUAUUUAACCUUAAAAGAAGCUUGUAUGUAUAAUUUUGCAUGUAUAAAACAACUUUUCCACAAAAAAGUUCCAAAAAUUAAGAAGUUAUACACUUAUUUUAUAUAAUACAUUCUCAUUGGGUGUUGGGUUUUUGAUGUCACAGAAUAGAAAAUGUGUAGAAAUUGCUCUGAUUUUCUCUGGCUUUGACAUUUGGGUUUUGUCUUAAAUUAUUUUUUAUAGAUACCUUAACAUUUGUAACAAUAUUUUUACCUAAAAAUCUACUAUCUUUUUUGUAAAGUUUUUCACCUUAUACAUUUUGAUUGGUCUUUUGUUGUCAGAAAUUUAAGUAUGUAUCUGUGUUUUAUUGAAUUUUAAGUAAAAAAAAGUAAUGUUCUGAAAUAUGGGAAGCAAUUCUUCUUUCAUAGGGUAAUUUUUUCAUAGUAUGAUGAGAUUCUUAAAUAUAUUAGGCAACAGUUUCAGAAUUAUGGUUUGACCCUGUGAAAGCCUCAUGAGUUGUAGUCAGGUUCUUUAAAGGUCCUGUUGUAGAAUUAUGGUAUUGUCUGUUUGUACAACAGGAAUCAAAGGUGGUAGCGUCAGAAUACAUUUUGAAAUACUUUAAAUAUGUAAAAUUCUUGACGUAGACUGGUCGAGAACCUGAUACCAAAAUAUCUUUUAACAGGAACUCUUUUUGGGAAAUAUUCUUUUAACAUAAAAAAGGGUUACCAAAAAUCAGGUAUAACACUUUAGACAUGAACUUCAAUUCCUCUUAUAUACAAAGAAAAAAACGAACUUUAAAACUACUAUGCUAAUUUUUGCAGGAAAUUUUAUAGGUACGGUGACCAGUUACUCUCACUUUUGAAUCUUGCCAUUAAAUAAUAGAAUUUACAUUUAAUUGGGCCAUACAAGAUACAUUUUGAUUUUGUGUAGCAAGAAGAGAUGAGUGAACCAAAUACAUAAUCAGUCUGACCAUAAAUUUGGACAGCAACUAAAACUUAUUUUAGAAAAUAAAAAUUCUGCCCAGUUUAGCCUAGAAAGGAAUAGAAAUAUGUAGUUUUUGUUUCAGAUCUAAAUGCACAUAUCUUUAACCUUUCUCUAGUCAAUGCACUAAAAAACAGCACAACCUUGUAUCAGAACAAUGGAAUUAAUAUGUAUGUAUAGUCUAUUCAUGAGUUAUUUUGGAAGAAGGAAAAUAAAAAAAUGUUGCGUUAAUACCAUGAAAUCAACAUGAUCAAGCAAGUAACUUAUUAUGAAUAAUAGUCCACAUUACCAGUUGCAAACAAUAACCAAGCUUUCAGUAAGGAAGUGGAUGUAAGGUUUGUAUUGCACUACAGUGUUUAUCAUAUCUUCUAUGCAAAUUUAGUUCAAUGCUGUAGCUAUGUAAAUAGAGUCUGCAAAUUUCCAUUCUAGUCACAUACAUUGUGUGUAUAUUUAAUCAUCAUAGUAUUAUAUUAGUUAUUGAAUGACUGUGCAACAUAUCAUUGUUAAAAUAGUAGGAUUAUUUUACACAAUUUCUAUUUAGACUUUACUUCAAAGAUUUUUUAGAAUUAAAUAUAACGCUUUAAAAUCAUUGUGCUUUAUUAGUGCAAGUAUUUGUUUAAUCCUGAGUUUGAACCCAUUUAGAAAAUGCUAGGUCAGUGAUUAAACUUACUGCCAAUUAAUUUUAUGUAUUUUCAGUUGCUCUUCUAAAUCAGAGCUGUUGAGUUGAUUAAGGUGGUACAUAGCACUACAGGGAGACAACUCUGUAAAAAUCAGCUGAAUGUUUUAAUCAUGUUCUAUUGUUAAGGAAAUAUUAAGCUUCUCAAUGAUUAAAAUUAGUGUUUGUCAAACUGCUAAAUAUCCAAUGAAAUUUUUCCAAUAAAGUGUGUGGUUCAAGUUUUUUGAAAUUUUUAUAUUUUUGUCAAAGGGUCAAAGUAAAUAUUUUGUCAAAAUUUUAUGAAAAUUGAAUGCGCCAAAUUAAUUUUAGUCGAGGUAUUUGGUACCACCUUAAAAGGUAUAUUUUAUUUCUAGUCAAACUGUAUGUAUGUUAUUGACAUGAAAGAAACCAUUAUGUAAAUAUUCAGAUUUAAUCUAUCUUUUUCAUACAUUUGAUCAUUAAAGAACAAAUAAUGGAUAUUGAAA